GCCGCUCCCCGCGUGCAGCCGCGCCACGUGACCGGCCGGGGGUCACGGCCGCCCGCCGGGAGCGGCCUCGUCCCAUCCUUCCGUCCCGUCCCGGGCGCUCCUGACGCGGCUGCCGGGCGCUGUCGCCCCGCCAGCAGCAAUGAGCGCGCUGUCCCCGCGCUGGGCGGCCCUGGCUGUGCGAGCGGCGGGCGGGCGGUGGGCGCCGCCCGUUCCCCGCCGCGGUCGCAGCGGCCCCGGUCCGCCCCCGCCGCGGGAGUGGGCGCUGUCGGUGAGCCCGCGGGGGCGGCUGCGGGUGCGGCUGCCGUGCCAGGUGAGCGUCCGCCCGCUGGACCCGCAGCGCUGCCCGGGCGCGGACCGGGUCCUGGUGGCCGUGAGCGGCGGCAGCCCCGGGCGGCGCGGGCGGGAGCGGGACCCGGUGCGGGUGGAGCACGACGAGGCGCUGGGGCAGGUGGCGAUCGUGGCGGACGGCGUGGACAGCAAGACCGCCGUGGACGUGCGGACGCCGGUGAAGUUCGAUUUGGAUAUCAAAACGUCAGGGACGGGCUGCGUGAAGAUUCAGAAAAUAGAAUGUGAUAACUGCAAAAUAGAAACAGAGAAGGGGACUAGUGUCUUGCAGUCAAUAAAGAGCCAUAAAAUUGAUAUACGGACAAAUGGUGGCAAAGUAAUUGGUCUUGGAACACUUUAUGGAAAUACAGAUAUUUGUGCAACAGAGAAGGGGAGUGUAAAUAUAGAGAAGCUGCAGGGGACAACCAUCAAUAUCUCUACUGAAGAUGGGCUGCUGAAAACAAAAUAUCUCUAUGCAGAAUCAGCAUCUCUCUCUUCAGAAUCUGGUGAUAUUAUGCUGGGAAGUGUUCAUGGUAAUACAAACCUUCAGACCAAAAGAGGGAGUAUCACAGUAGAUUCAUCAGAUGGAAGUCUAAAAGCCUCUACAUAUCAUGGGACAAUAGAUGUUUAUGUCAGUCAGUUAAGAAAAGUGGAUCUGAAAUCCCAAAAAGGUUCAAUUACAGUCAAGGUACCUGCCUCUCUCAAAGCCUAUUUAGAGCUGUCUGGAAGAAAAGUGGAUGUGAGCUCAGAGAUCGAGUUAAAAGAAACACAGAGUGUCUCCAAAGACGAUCAUGUAACUAUAAGUGGUCACAUGAAUCAAAGGGAUGAAAAAGACAAAUGGAUUAAGGCUGACACACAAAAUGGCAAAGUGUGUCUCAAAAGCCAAAGCUGGAUCCAGUCUGUCAAGCUGAAGAGUUCUUAAAGGUGAAAUAGACCAAAGAGAUUAAAUCAAGAAACUACAAAGGAACGUUUCUGUAAAAUUAUGAUAUUUUUUGGAUGGAUAUUCUUAAUAUAAAAGAGAAACUAUUAAAAAUGAGAGCAUUUUAACCCAAGAUUUGCCUGUGACAGUACUGACAGUACUGGUGCUAAACAGUCUGGUUUACUUUUAGUGCCUUUUAGGAAUGAGAUGAUCUUACAUAUUCAGAAUUUAUAUAACUUGAUCCACUUACCAUAUCACUUUAAAAGCUGGUAGCUUUCAAACAAAAGUUUGGAGUAGUCAUUUAAAAAAAAAAAAAAAAAAAAAAAUAAAAAACAUUUUCAACAUUUCCAAGGUGGCAUGCUUUACAAGCUCUGUUAUAGUUUUAAAUUAAAUGUCUCAAAACUGUGGGAAUUCUGCUGGUUUAUGCAAAAUGCAGAGAAUUUUCUUCAACCAAAUUGUAUCAUGGACAGGAAAAAAUCACUUUCAGUGUAGUUCUUAUGUGGUCUCAUUUGGUGUUUGAACCCUGAGCAGUUUCUGCCUGGCCAAUGGGUACUCUGUGUAAAAAUCCUUCUGUGAAAUGGCAGGACUUGCUCUGUGUCAUCCUGAACCUCUGGUUUGUGGAUAGAAAUAAGAGCUCCAGCUGUGUCUACCACUGUUCAUCUGCAAAGAAAAGCUUUUAAAAUAAAUAAAAGUGCAAGGGAUCUGGUGAUUUCAAGGAGGAGCACUCCUCCAGCUGGACUUUGGGGUGAGUCCACAUGAACAUUCCCCUGGAGAAAAAGCUGCCCCAGUAACUGAGAACUGGAAUCUCUUGGUUUGCUGCUUGUGCAGUGACUUUGAGCCCUGUCCUGCACAGCUGAGCCAGCUCUGGGGCCAGGAAGGCAGAGCAGGGAGAUGAGGGGAGCAGGUGGGCUCUGCACAAGGGCAGGAUUCUGUGUUCCUCUAAUAUAAGCACACAGUAAAGUAAAUGGAGCUUUUAAAAGCCUUUCCAUCCCUCUCUGUGGCACCUUAUAAAAGCAGUAGUGAAUUUGGUGUUUUAAGCUGAAAUGUAAGAAUCCCUGCCAGCUGAGAGAUGGUGAGGAGCAACAGAGAAUUCAGACUGUCAGCUCAGGCUUUAAGUUUUGUAUAUAUGUGUAUUUACUUUAGUUUAUACUGGUACAUUAUGAAAUUAACUUCUCCUUUGCCACAGGAUUCCCCAGGAGCUAUAAUUGCCCCUGGCUAAUGGAUUUCAAGAGUCAAGGACAGCAUAUCUACUCUAAUUCAGGGUGGUUAAAAACUCCACUUCCUGUUGACUGUUGUAUGUAUUGUUUGUUGGGAUGAGGUGGGUGCUGAUGCAUAUGACAAUUUCUAUGUAUUUUUAAUAUAAAUACUGAUAUAUAAAACACUUCUAAUAGUAUUACUAAAGGCAUUACAAUAUUAUUAGAUGUGAAGUAUUAUUAUAUUUUUUAAACUUACAAAAUCAAUAAAUUAUAAUGGUUUUGGAUACCUAGAAAAAUAUUUGAAAUGAAUGUUUUCUGUGCCCUACUGCAGCCAAAGUGAAAAAAGCACCUCAAAAUUCACACCAUGGAAAGGUAAAAGCAGUCUAGCAGGUACUUCACAAGAUCAAAUGCAUUUAAUGGUCCCAUUAUUCACCUGAAAUACAAAGCCUGUCAGCCUCUGAGAUUAAGCUUGUAUUUUUUGGGACUGCUGCAUCAGCAGUUUAAGGGAGAACUUAGUAAGAAAACAUAUUAUUUGUUCAAAAGAGCAAAUAUUCAAAAGAAAGCAAACUCAGACUUUGAAUUCAUUAAUUCUCUAAAUCUAGCAGGAAUUAAACAUCAGGAUUGUUAGUUACUUGCUUAAAGAAGUAUAAAUCAGCCAGCAGAAAAAUUGAGCUACCACUAAAGCUACUGAUUAUAUUCAUUCCAAGCUAAUACAUGUUGAGACCAGCUAGAAUGUUAAUAUAAAGGUCAAGAAUGAGUUCAAGGAGGACAAAUCCUUGGGAGUUUCCCCAAAGGCAUUGAACAAUCUCUUGUUCUGCUAUAAUGAGAUGAAACUGUAUUUUUCUCUAGACAAGGGAAGAUGAGUAGCUUGUCAGCAAUUAGAAUUUGAAUGGUGAAUCCCUUGUGUGCUCAUGUAUCUUUUUUGUCCAUUUGAUGAGAAGACAUUCUUGUUACUGGAGCAGAUUUAUACUUUUUUCAUCUGUGCUCCUUUUAAUUUGGUUCUCCUUCCAUCACAGCUGCCAGCCAGCCCACAGUUCAGACCUGCAGACACGAACAUCAGCUUGUUUAGAGAGCUGGACUCAGCCCAAGAGCUUUUAUGAGAAUGAGGGCUCUGGGUGCACAAGUGACUGCUGAGAAGUGGAGAACUGUGCUUAAAUGUAUGGGUGUAGUUGUGUAUUAAAGAAUCUGCAGUCACUACCUACUCACUGCUCUCAAUUCCUCCAGAGGGCUGUUGAUGAGUAGCAGCCACAUCAAAUGUGAAGCUCUCUGGGGAGUCAGAGUGUUUAUGUCCUGGAGAGGACCUUCCUGGCAAACAGGAACCUCAAACACAUGCAAAUUUAUUCAUUGCUUGCUCUGCACGGGACUACAAAAACUUUCAUUACUGAAAGAUGUAGACGGCUUGAAUCAACAUCUGAGUUAGCAGUGCUGUCUGAGUGCAGCUGUCUUGCUUGAAGGCAUUCAUACUCCUGUGAGAAAGAUUUGCUAUGCUUCCUUACUAAUGCAACAAAUGGCCUUUUAUUAAAGUGUGAUUAGUUUUAAGAAAAAAUAACACAGUGGUCUUUUCAUGCUCUGGAGAAAAAACCUUGAACUGUAGAGAUGUUGCACAAUUUUAUCAUUUUUCAUUUUGAAGAAUUUGUUUUUUCAGGCUCUGAUCUGUGUUUUUUGGUGAAGGUGGUUAUGUUACCAUCCCAGGCAUAUCCAAGCCUGGAAGGAGGGUCAGCAUCAUUAUGUUCCUGUUUCUCCAGUUCAGCUGUGUAUUUCAAGACAACUUGUCUGCAACAAGAGUUUAAAAAUAAUAAUGACAAAAUAAAAAUUUUCAGAGGCUGUUUAUGCAAAGAACACUAAAAGCAGUUUAAUGAAGGAAAGGUCCUUAUUUUAACUAAAGAUACCAAUAUAAUAAGGGUGUUGUGGAAAGUAAACCAGAAGAUAAUUGGUUACAUCACAGAGUCACAGAAUGAAUUAGGUCUGGAAAAUACUUCAGGCUGAUGUUGCUAGACCAGGUAAGUCAUGGCUUUGCCAGAUGAGUUCUGAAUAUCUUUAGGUAUGAAGGUUGCACAGUCUAUGGGCUCUUCUUCAAGAGUUUCACCAGCUUCCUGGUUAAAAAAUAAAAGUUUCCUUGUGAGCAGAAUGUAAUCAGAAUUUUACAUAUGCCACUUGUCCUAUCAGUGCACCUUUGGCCAUGGUCUGGCUCUGUCUUCUGAGUGCUCUGAUGAGCGUUAGGGACAGCAGUAAGGUCUCCUCCAUCUCGAGCUUUCUCCUGGGACUUACCAAAGCAGUUCUCUGAAGGUUCUUCACACCUCACAUGCUCCAGCACUUCAAUGAUCUUGGUGGGCUUCAUCCACACUUGCUCUAGUGUGUCAGCAUUUGCCUGAACACAGACCUGAGUAGGUGUUUCCACUGGAAUAAUAACAUUGUCUUUGGAAGAAAAUAUAAAAGCAAACAAGUUAAAUAAGCCAGCUACAUCCAAAGGUAUUGCAGCAUCUCCAGGGUGUUUUCUCAUAGCUCUGUAGGAAGGCUAUAGUGACUGUGCAAGUCCCUCUUGCUGUUUUUCUGUUCUAACCAGUGUCUUUCACACCUCCAAGUAUUUUUACCCUUUCCUCAUUCACCUUUUGUUUGCUUUUUGCCCAGCCUCUCUACUGUAGUUAUCUUCUGUCACCCACCUUUUUUAAUGUGUAUUUUUUUUAGAAAUGGAAUUGGGUACACAAUGGGCAGUGCUACUGGCACUGACCCUGGACCUGCCCCACACUGCAGCUUCUGUGACAGCUGGACCAGAAGAGAGAGUUGUCUGUGAUGCCCAAACCCACCCAUGACCCCUCAGAUCUCCCUCAACAUUUUGUGUCCAUCGCCCUUUUGCAGCAUUAGAGCACAAAGCUAAUAAAACUAGAUCAAAAUUUGGCAAGAUCAGGCCUCCUGAGUGAAAAAAGAAGAAGAGCAACUCUCCCUUCUUUUUCGGCAGGGUCAAUCCAGCAAUUUUGUUACCUUCUCAAGUUGAAGAAACUGAACCCACCACCUCCAUUCUUGUGAAUAAUGUCUCUUUCUUUCCAUGCCUGUGUGAGCUGGCUGCCAGCCCAGUCCUGCUGAGCAGAGCCCCUGUGCUGAGCAGGCUGCAGUGCCUGGGGAAGAGCCAGCUCUGAUCUCCCCUCCUCCCCAGCAGCUUCACCCUGAUCUGGUGUGUCACAGCCACAGCGAGGCACUCUGCUUCCCUGCUGGCCAACUCCUAAGCUCUGGAAAAAUAUCAUAUGCAGCAAGCAGACAAUGCUAGAAAAAAUCCACAUUGAAGGGCUUGGUUAUGUGCCAGCAAUGGUGCUGCAGUGUUUUUUGUGUUGUUUCCCAAAGUGGAAAUGCUGGAGAUGGUUACGAGAGGCAGAUGUGCCCAGCUGUAAUGUUUGCACCACUACAGCAGGAAAGGGGAAGUGGGCAGCAGUGGAAAAGGCACAGAAUUAGUGAAUCAAGAAGGGCUUGUUUUCAACCACUGCAGGAUAUUUUUUUU